CUUUUAAGAUUUUCUAAGGUGUAACGAAUGAUAGCAUUGCAUUUCACCUAGAAAGACCGAGGGUUGCUUCCUCCUCAUUGCAUAACCUACAUGGUCAUCAUUGAAUAUACCCGUAAUUAGGUGCUUUCUCAAAUGCUUGUGACACCAUCAUCCCUUAGACAUAUAAACAACUUCACUAAUAGUAGAAAGGGGUACUUGAUAUUCCACCAUUGGUGCUCAUGUACUAUACACGCAUUCAUGGUUAUAAAUACAUUCUCAUGACACAGUUAACACAUACUUGGAAUGACACCCUUCAAUUUAGUGAGUCAUAUCAUGCAACCUUUCUCUGCAUCCUGGACACUUUGGCUUUAACUCAAAAGUGCCUGUGCUGUGGGCCGAUUUUCGGUCGGGUUAGGAUGAUCUUUCUUCUGCAGUUUCGAUCAUGCUUUGAUUCCAAAUCUAAUGAUGACAAACGUCCAAAUGCUGAGACAAAUAAGAAAACUUAUAUUUGUGAAAUACGCAACCGAGUUGCUGAAAAAAUAAGCAUUCUGGAAAAACACUCUUAUAAGAACUGAAGACUUCAAAAUGAAGAUAAAUAUAAAAGAAAAAUGGAUGUAGUUAGUUUCUGAUUAACAAAACUUAUGUAAAACUUA